AUGCCAUCAGCAACAGCACCUUCGAGUUCGGACAAGUCCAAAGUCCACAAACUACAGAUAAAGGGCUCAGCAAAGCUCGUGACCGAAUUCUUCGAAUACGGCAUCAACACCAUCCUCUUCCAACGCGGCGUCUAUCCUCCAGAGGACUUCUCAGCAGUCAAGAAAUACGGCCUAACAAUCAUGACCACCAUCGACGACCAAGUGAAAGCCUACAUCAAGAAGAUAAUGUCGCAACUCAGCAAAUGGAUGUCGCGCUCCAAAAUCUCCAAACUCGUCGUCGUCAUCACCUCAAAGGAAACCGGGGAGCACGUCGAGCGCUGGCAAUUCGACGUCAAUCACACCCCUACCUCCACCAGCAGCAAAUCCACCUCCGGCAGUGGGGAAAAGGAGAACUCCGACCCUGUGCCCCCUAAUUCAGCGGCGGCGGCGGCGGAGAAGACGGAUGCGGAGAUUCAGCAGGAUAUCCAAUCUUUGUUCCGGCAAAUCACCGCCUCCGUUACGUUUCUGCCGGUGUUAGACGGGAACUGCACGUUCAACGUGCUCGUCUACGCCGACGCAGACUCUGAAGUUCCGCUCGAAUGGGGCGACAGCGAUGCGAAGGAGGUGAAGAAUGCGGAGAAGGUGAUGCUAAGGAGCUUUUCGACCAACUCGCAUCGGAUUGAUACUGUGGUUUCGUAUCGGCUUGCGGAGUAG